GUUGGUUGAGGCCAAUCGUGGGUGAUCAUUCUCGGUCCUCUCUCUGGCCGAGGUGUGGCCCAGACCUCCCCCCCACUUCCUACAGAGGUGCCUCUGAGGGAAAUAGAAGACAGAACAAAGCCCACCCUCUACCAAGAGGAGGAACCAGGUGGACUUUUCCAGCCACCACCCUGGAGAUCCUGGCACCUAGUGCUCUACGGUCAUCUCCGGAAGAGUAUCAGAGAAACAUGCCAUUGGUGUCACCAUCUCCAGCCUCAAAUGCUGUGGUGGCUAGAGACCAAGAUGCCAGUACAUCACAGGUCCCAAGCCAGGGCGAGAGUAAGACUGGGCCCAACGUCGGCACCCAUAUCCUGCGGAAGCCCACCAUGUCUAAGGUGAUCCUGAGGGCUGUAGCUGACAAGGGAGUACAUAGCCGUGUGUCCCUUGCUGCCUUGAAGAAAGCUGUGUCCAUCACAGGGUACAAUAUGGCCCAGAACACCUGGCGCUUCAAGCGUGUGCUCCAGAAUCUAGUGAAGAAAGGUAUGCUCAAGCAGGUGACUGGCAAAGGUGCUUCAGGCUCUUUCCGCCUGGGCAAGAAGAAGGCCUUCAAGUCCAAGCGCAGAGCCAAGAGACGCCAGCGGAGGCAACAGAGGCAGAAGCCUGCGCAGCACCUGUCUGGACCAGGUCGAUCACUACUAGGCUCCAGAAAGAGCAAUAACCAGCUUUUCAAAGGAGUUCGUAGGGUGGCUAAAGGCCGCCACCAAUAAUAAGGUCAGGCGGGGUGCUAGGCUUGCCACAAAGUGGGAAUAAAACCCAACUUAUU